GGCUCUUGGCAAAGAUGGUGGAGGGAGCCGCCGCGGCGAGCGCUGGAGGCGAGCAGUCGCCGCUGGCCAGUCUCCUCUCGCGCUUCCAGCGCCGCCUCGCUCGCGCGGGCUACACCGCGCCGCCCUUCCCCGUCCAAGUGAUUCAGGCCGUGGAGCGCAAGAUCAGGCAGGGGCUGGAAGUCUUGGCGGCGCCGCCCCGAAAUGUGGCCGCGGCGGCGUCGUUCGCGUGCCUGUCGCGCGGCGCAGCGGCAUUUGGGGCGGAGGCGCCGGGGCGCCAUCUCUUCGACCUCGCGAUGGCGCCCGACCAGGUCUCCAAGCGCCUCGACGGCGUCCCCGUCUACACGGUGAGCAACCACGACAACGAAUUUGUCCUCAUCUCCGACUCCAAUGGCCACAAAUCUCUGGGCUUGUUUUGCUUCCGCCACGAGGACGCCGAGGCGCUGCUAGCACAGAUCCGAGAUAGAGAGCCUGGCCUGGGCCGUGGAGCGAAGAUUGUAGCUGUCUCUCUCGACAAGGUCUACCAGCUCAAGACGGAAGGCAUCGCUUUCAGGUUCUUGCCGGAUCCUCUCCAAGUCAAGCAUGCUCUUGAGUCGAGAGCAAAGGCUGGCGAUCCCGGGAAAGCUUUCGAUGGCGUGCCAGUCUUUCAGUCGGAUAACCUCGUCCUCCGGAGCAAGAACCGACGCUUCUGUCCGAUAUUCUUCUCCAAGGAGGAUCUGGAGAGAGCGCUCUUGGGAGCAUUCAAGCAGCAGCAGAAGAUCAAUCCCGCGCUCAAGGUGAACACCGACAUCCAAGUCGGCAGCUUCGAGGACGUUUUGCAGCGCUUGGAGUCAAGCGACGAUGGCUCCGGCUGGGGCGACGUCGUCUUCAUCCCUCCCGGAAUGGACGCGCUCAGCCAUUUCUCGGAGAAGGUCUCGGCGGUCGGCUAAAAGGUCAAAUAGUUUUGGUGGGUUUUUAGAGAAAAGGGGCAGUGACGUGUCUUUGUGGGGCCAGAAUAUUCCUUCCGCCGCAUGGAAUAUUCCGGCGCUACCUGGUUUAAGUGGUUCAAAGGGACCCGUCUCUCUCC